GACAGAAUGAAAUGACAGGAAAGCAAAAUAGUAAGGAAUGCUUUAUUAUCUUUAAAAAAGUAACUUUAAUCUUAAAGUAGUAAAAAGUAUCUUUAAAAAAAUGAUCUGCAUUUUUAAAAAGUAUCUUUAAAAAAAUAACUGCAUUGUGAAAAUAAAUCUAUGACAUUCAUACUAUUAAGCAAGUGACAUUGUGAAUAUGAAACUAAAAAUAUAGAUAGGUAAUACAAAGGCAACUACUUCAUACCCCCUGCAAAAACCAGUUAUCUGUAUCUUUCCGUAAGUGAAAUUCGAGAGAAUAAAGUGCAGGUACAAUUUUCGGUAGCCCUGAACCAUACAACAGGACCAUCUGACAAUGGUAAACGAUGAAGAAAACAAUUUGCUAACUGUCUUUAACACCAACUCGUCUUAAGGCCUGUUCGAAUUUUCAGUGACAUCAAAUGUAUUUCACGUUCGUUUCACACUCACCACACAGAAACAACUGGAAGGACAUGAUUUUUCAUUUUACUUCCUGAAGAUCGCUCAUGUCAUCGUAAUCGGCAGGGAAACCCCUCGAACACAACCCAUUUUUGACAUUAGGAAGUCAUCGUCACAAGACAGUCAUGUGAAACUUGAAAUUGUGUAAUAUCACAUAGGUACAAUUUCAUUCAUUGUAGUUAUUGGAGAGUCCUGGGUGUUAAGAAGUUCAGCAUACUACAUUGUUUAUGUGUCUUUUGAAAUAUUGCCAACCUUCACGUCUUCGCUCGCAUCCGUUUGUCCUUGAAUACGACUGAGUUAAUCCUUGACCUUCGGCACGCAACUAACUAUAAAAUCAAAAUAUACUUACUGUACAUCAAUGUCAAUGUAAAAAUGACAAAAUUCUCAAUUCUGCUUUAUUAUAUUCAUCACGUUGCUACGUGCACAAUGCAAGAUAAUAAUGAAAUCCACUGAAAAACGUAAAAUUUCGAAAAUACAUCAAGCACGCUUCCGUCCAUGGAGUUUGUUUUUUGUUUGGUACGAAAUUACUUCGUAAACCUUGUAUCCAUGAAGUCGUAAGAUUACAGUUUCAUGCUUCAAAUCUUCUGACAACCAAUGAAGUUGUGCGUUACAUGUAGUAGUAUGAAUUCUACAACCUCUUAUUGGGUAUGUUGAAAACACUCAUUCACGGAUUAAUGCUCAUGAUGAAAUAAUGUUAUUGACAUAAUGAAAAUGCCGUCCGGUGUGGACGCAGCUAUGAAUAGAUUUGAAGGAUAUGAACGAACGUGAUUUUCUUGUGCAAAAGUCCUUGUUUGUUCAAUGUAUCCUUACUGAUACAAGCUGCCAAUCACAUUAAUUUUGGCUUCGUUGAAUGUUUUUUUGUCUACGCUACCUACGUUUCUAACAGCCAAAAUUGUUCAGAUAUUCUUUCACGAUUUGAGCUGCUGUGUACAUUGCCAUGCAUUUUUUGUAACUGUAGAAGUAUAACAAACAUUUCAAAUGCAUAUUAAAAAAAUUAAAUGAAAAUGAAUUUCGGGCGAAUGAGGUUAUGGUGGAUUAUUUCACGUGCUUGUGUCCCUGAAGAUCUCUGUUACACUAACUUUCUUCGGCCGGUUGUUGCGAUCAGAACAAUGUCAACUCCCCAGAAGAAUUUCGAAGAAGAAUUGGUUAAAAAUCCAUACUAUGAGAAAUAUGCGAAAAAGAUUCACGACCUACAGAAGACCUCCCCAGAAGAUUUCCAGUCUCGUGUGGAAGACUGUCAGAAGAAAAAGGCCAAACCAAAGUUUGGACCUGCCGAUGAAAGAGAUUUUUCUUCAGUCACUCAACCCAAAGAAGCUCUGAGAAAUCUAAGUAAACAACAUAAAACUAAGGUUUUAAGUGAUGUGAUGAAACUUGAUCUCAUCCAAGAUAUGUCUGCAGAGGAAAUUUCUAAGAUAUGGGAAACUCAUUUCAAAGAUAAGGAUGGUAUAUCUGCCACUAUCCCUGUGGAAGUGUAUAAAGUUAUUUACCAAAGAGGAGCAAAAUUUCCAGUGUUUGUUCUCCCUCUUCCAAGAGGACAAGGAUAUGAAUUCUUUUUGUGCCAAGUUGAAAGAGACGAAGUACACUUCACUUCUCUCAUAAAUUAUCAGGCUCACAAGGAGAAUGCCCCUGAAUGUUUAACUAUUGUUCAUUACACCGAACUUGAAGGCAAAGGAAUAAUUCUGAUGCGAGGUGAAUUUAAUAAAGAUGUUAUAAAUGCAAGAGAAGCGCUAUGUUUAGCAAAUCAAUUCCAACUGUAUUAUGGGAAUACCGAUGAAAAGAGGCUGAAGCUGUUGGAAAGAUUAAAUUGCAAUCCCAAUGACUUUAAACACAUGGACUUGAUAGCAGAGUUAGAAUGUUUGUCACUUGAAACAAAAUGAAGUUCUUCCUGGUUGAUACUUUAUCGGAUAUGUUAUAAAGAGUUUUAGAAAUGUGAUUUAUUGCUAGUGUUAAUGUAAACAUGUUUGAAUCAAAAUAGAAGUGGAUCCUUAGAUCAUGUUUUCUUUUAUUGUUUUGCCCUGUUACAAAAAAUGCCCUCCUAUGAAUCAACAUCAUUGGAGUCAACAUUUGCCUACCACAUUCAAUUUAUUUACCACUUUUAAAAAAAUACACAUUUGAAAAAUUUGUUGAAAAUAAUUUGAUGCUAUUGAAAUAAAAAUGAGUUGACACUUUUAAUGGACAAUAAACUUAGCACUAUUUAGGUAAUAUUUAUGGGUGUAUGUGUUGAUUAAAUUGUUUAGAAAGAACAUGACUGAACAAAUAUAACGGGUGAGUCAUUUCGAAAGCAAAAAAAGAAAAAAACACCAGCGUGUUUCUUUGGUUUCGGCGCAGCCUCAACAUACACUUUCCGACACGCGCAGCACUGUUUUAAACUCGGGAGGCCAGUAGCAUCGGGACCAUAAAGGGCGCUGUUAAAUCGGGCGCCAAUGCAGGGUGGUGGAACGAUGUUGCCUUCCGUCAAAUCACAAAUUUGAGUUGUUUUAUCUCCCUCGAAAUAAGUAGAUUUUGGCCAAUACUUAGAACUAUCCUCAGAGCUGCUUCGACUCGCUGUAAGCUCAGCCUUCUGAGCGAUAUAAAAGAAGAGAAAUCCUGAAGAAACCCUGUGGAGAACUGUAGCGUUUCUCAGGAAAACGACGUAGUUCAUCCGCGAGCAGUAACGUAAUUGAAAAGACUAUGUUUGUACAAUUUUUUCCGCCUUAAAAGACAUAUCCUAUCCACGCAAAUAUGAAAUCUCAGGCGUAGAUCCAUCUGACUUUAUUAAACAUACAGCUUUUUCUCCCACAUUUCUGCCAUUUGUAGUGCUACAAUAAAUACUGGAAUUAUUGUAAUUAGAAAUGGUAAAAAGAGAAGUCACAUUUUUUCGAGUGUUUAUUUUUUUCUCUCUUCAAGACCAUGCAAAGCUGCUGUACCACAUGCUGUUCUCGGGGACCAGGAGCAUUGUUGUAAACAGAAAUUUGCAACUGAGGUGUAAUCAGAAAAUAUAGGCGCUCCGGCCGCCUACAGGGCGUUCCAAGGCGUUUCUCCGCUGCAGCCGCCGUGUAAUGCUUUCGGGGGGACGUAGCUACAUCACAAUCAUCACCAUUCUGUACGUGAAUUCACGCCCACAAUUAUUAGCCAGAGGAAAGCUCAACAGUUGAAUGUAUUUGAGAAACAGUUUACCGAUAAUAAACCUGUCCCCGCCAUUUUGUCGCGUGG